AUGAGAGUCUUCAUUGUUUUCGCUCACCCAGAGCCGCAGUCACUUGGCGGAUCCCUCCUCCGAGCCACAGUGGAAGAACUAGAAGCGCAGGGCCAUGAGUUCAAGGUCUCUGACCUGUACGCCAUGCACUGGAAAAGCCAGGUCGACCGCUACGACUUCCCCAAGCUCCCAGCCGACGCCCGUCUGAGGGUGGCCUACGCGUCGGGCGAGGCGACCUUCUCGGGUACGCUCACGGACGACGUGAAGCGCGAGCAAGAAAAGCUCAUGUGGGCCGACACCGUCAUCCUGCAGUUCCCGCUGUGGUGGUACUCCAUGCCCGCCAUCCUGAAGGGCUGGGUCGACAGGGUUUACUCGUUGGGCUUCGCGUACGGCAUCGGCGAGCACAACGACAAGCGGUGGGGGGACAGGUACGGGGAGGGGAAGAUGCUGGGGAAGCGCGCCAUAGUGCUCGUGACGGUUGGGGGCUGGAAGGAGCACUACUCGCCUCGAGGGAUCUGUGGACCCAUCGACGAUCUUCUCUUCCCCAUAACCCAUGGGACCCUGCACUACGUCGGCUUCGAGGUCUUGCCGUCCUUCGUCGUGUAUCAGUCUGACCGAGCAGACGAAGCGGCUUUUAAUGCAGCGGCCGACGAGCUUCGUCAGAGGCUGCGAAAGCUUUCCACGAUGCAGCCUAUUCCAUUUCGUCCCCAGAACGGUGGAGAGUAUGAGUUGCCAACUUUGGUCUUGAAACCAGAGGUGGAGGCAGCUUCUGAGUCGGGAUUCUCCGUACACAUUCGGCCUUCUAAAGAUGCACAGGACCCUAAGCAAUCGCACGAACAUGUCCUCUGA